GGUACCCGCGCGGAGACCUUCCUCCUCCUCUUCCUCUUCCUCCUCUUCUUCCUCCUCCUUCUUUUCCUCCUCCUCCUCCUCCUCUUCCUCUUCCUCGUCGUCCUCCUCCUCUGAGGACCCGCGCGACGGGCACGCGCAGCGGUGCGAGCAGGUGGCGCAGCGGGCGGCGCAGGAGGCCGUGCGGCAGACCGAGGAGCGCGCAGUGCAGCGCCUGGAAGAGCUCUGGGACCGGCGCGUGCAGGCCCUGUGCGACCGCCUCGCGCGCCAGCAGCGGGACGCGGUGCUCCAGGCAUCGGAGGGGUCGCCCGCGGCCGCCUGGGUCGGCGAGGAGCACGCGGCGCUGCAGGAACUGCGUGGGUCUCGGCUGCAGCCGGCCAUCGCGGAGGCGGUCGGGGUCCUCAUCAACGGCGUGGCGGCGCUGCAGGAGCCCUUCAGGGCUUGACGACUUUUCGCCAAUCGUCUCAUGGGGAUCAA